AUGAGGUUAGAUCUCAAGAUAAGCUAUGAUUGCUUACAAGAUGGUGCUAAGCGUGUUUUCCUAGACAUUGCUUGUUUCUUUAAAAGGAAGACAUUAGAAUUCAUUGAAGACAUACUAGAAGCCUGUGAUGAUGGAGCAAGGUUUUACAUCGAAAUUCUUGUUGAUAAAUUCUUCAUAACUAAUGAUGAAGUUAACAAACGCUUGUACAUGCAUGAUCUAAUACAACAAAUGGCGAAAGAGAUUGGAAACGAUAAUAUUGAAGGAAUAAUACUUGAUCCACCAUAUCAAGAAGAAGUGGUGUGGGAUGGUAUAGCUUUUGAGAAGAUGAAUAAUCUCAAGAUUCUCAUCAUUCGAAAUACUCAGUUUUUAGCCAGUCCUAAGUAUUUUCCAAAGAGUUUAAGAUUACUAGAUUGGAAAGGAUUUCCUUCAACCACUUUACCACCGGCAUUUUCACCUUCGAAACUAAUCUGCUUGAAGUUAUAUGGAAGCCAUUUCAGAUUAGAAAAGCCAUUCAAGUUAUCAUUCAAGUGUAACUUCAUCGAUUUCUUGGUAUUUGGCCCAUUAGACUGGAUCUCUCAUGAUCAUAGGGUGCAAGCCAAGGUAGCAGGCACUAGGUUAUCCCUUCAUAAUACUGUUUAA